AUGACUGUUAUAGUAAAUGCAGUGGAAAUUAAUCUCAAUUUAUGCGAUGAUUGGGUCGCAUAUAAUAAAGAGAAAUGUUUUAAAGUAAUACCAAAACGUAUGGACAAAACCUUGGCUCAAAGCGAGUGCACUAAACUGGACCCUAAAGCAUCGUUGAUGAUCAUCACCUCGAGCGAUGAGCAAGAGUUUGUAAACAAAAUGUUGACUAAUUAUAGCCAGUAUACGGACAAAGUAUGGACCGGAAUGACUAAUGUGAAAACGGCAGAUGUCUAUAACAACUGGGUCGAUGGCAUUCCAUAUGAAUACACAACACAGAUUACCAUGACCAGGAAUUAUAAUAAUAAUUACCAGGAUACAAUAAAGAUG